AUGGCGAAAAAAACAUGUAUUAUUACUAUAGUGGUGGCAUUAUGCUUAGUGGUAGGUGCCGGCUUAGGUGUUCUAAUUUGGUGGUUAGUUAGUGCUGACAGUCUUUUCCAUACAAUACGCUUAGAAGGUGACGGUAUUGGUGAUGUUGAUUACACAGCAGCUUUUACAAGAGUCAAUGGACAGGGUGAUAUGUUUUGGUGGUUCUAUCCGACUCUUACUAGUUCUUCGCGUCAAGCAACGUCUCGCCCUCUAUUGAUGUGGUUACAUGGAGCUACUGGAUUAUCACCCAGCUUCUUAGCCAACUUCGGCAUGUUUGGUCCGUACAAUGUUAACCUGAACAGAAAUAAUGAAUCGUGGGUGAACGAUUAUAAUAUACUUCUCGUUGACGCUCCACUGGGUACAGGUUUUAGCGUAAAAAGCUCCGACGAUACAAAUGACAAUAUUGACCAAAACGUUGAACAUUUGUUGAGAACAAUACAAUCAUUUUUUGAGGUACAUGAAGAGUACAGAGAAGCGCCGCUUUAUAUAUGUGGGCAUGCAGAUGGUUCUCAGUUAGCUAUUCCACUGGCGGUAAAGCUUUAUGGAGAAGACGGUAUUACAAAUAAUUUCAAAGGACUAAUUCUUGGAAAUCCUUUAGUUUCACCAUCUUUAGUAUUAACUAAACUCGGUUUUUAUUUGGAGGAGCUAGGCUACAUAGAUUCAGAUGGUCGAGUAAGAGUUGACAAUUACACGAAUGGUAUUCAAACAUUAGUUGCUUCAGAAUCGUACGAGCAAGCCUUCGGUUAUUUUACGUCACUUGAACAAUUUAUUAACGAAAACGCUGGAGCUGUGGCUGUGAACUUAAAUUAUAUUGUUGAAAAAUUAACGCGAGUUACAAACCGAGAUUAUUUUGGGGAAAGGAGCUAUCUUAACAGCAUGUUAAACGUAGACAUUGAUGUAAACGGUUUUAUGAAUACCGUGGUUGCUCCGGCAUUGGGAAUUUCAGGAGAAAAUUCGUACGACCGACAACGUGAUAUUGCCAUACAAGCUUUUAAUAACUCGUACAUGAAACCUAUUGUUGACCAAGUGGAACACAUUCUUGAAAAUACAAAUCUUACUGUUGCCAUCUACAACGGUAAUCUUGACGCCGUAUCAAACACACCAGGUCAGCUGGAAUGGGUCAACAAUCUCAGAUGGUCCGGACAAGCUCAAUUCUUGAAUGCAUCAAGACAGACCCUCGUUAUUAACGGCCUCGUUGAAGGCUACUUUAGGGAGUCAGAAAGACUGCGUUUUUAUUGGAUAAAUGUCGCCGGACAGUUGGUACCAUUAGAUAACUCGCUUGCUAUAAGGCGGGUACUCAACCGUAUCUUAACUUGAAACAAUAAUAAUGAAAAAAAAAUUUUUAUUACGAUUAAACUAUUUUAAAUUAUA